AUGGACACCACGACCGCAAAUCUGACGAUGACGACUGAGCCUCCAUGGAGUAGCACUCCAGCAUGGAAGUUGCCUGGCUGGGCUGAGCCGUUGAUGGUUGUAGCAAUCCUCUUCAGCGCCAUGAUCAUGACAAGAAAGAAGAGAUUCCGAGUAUUUGGACGAAAGCCUAGGAUUUACAAGUCAGUUCUGGACGGCGAGGACGCUGCUCGCUCAACAGACGAGCUUCUGGUUCACGAGGAACGCAAUGAGAUCGACACACAAAAUCCCAUGGCUGCAACCAAGUACUCGCCCAAGACGCGCAGAUUGCUCGGUCUCACUUUCAGAACACCCAACACCUCGAGGUUCAAGAACAACGUCCACAGUCGAGUGCUACAGCGCUUUCCCUUCCUGUUGGAGAUGUUCUACUGGGUCAUCAAUUACGCCUUCUACCGUAUGACAGCCAUUCUGUCACAGAGAAUCUUCGCUGGCAAAGGCAUUUGGACAGUAGCUGAGAACCAUGGGCUUGCUAUCUUGAAGUUUGAGCAACAUGGAUUUCUCAGCUUUCUGUUUCCUUAUGAGCUGAAUGUGCAACAGUGGUUCAUGCAGAACCACCAGGAUGCAUUAAGUUUGUUGAACAAGGUGUACGCAUUGAUACACAUACCUGGUACGGUUGGCUUCAUCGCAUGGUAUUACUACGUUGCGCCGUCGCAUUCCGUCUUCGCGACAGUGCGCCGGACCAUGAAUCUGACCAACUUCAUGGCUUUCACAACGUACAUCUUCUAUCCCUGCAUGCCCCCGAGGCUGUUACCAAAGGAGUAUGGCUUCUUGGAUACAGUCAGACAUGAUGAUGCGCAGUCAGUGUGGAUGAGCGGCAAAUAUGUGAACAGCCUCGCAGCCAUGCCGAGUAUGCACUUUGGAUAUGCAUUCUGCGUCGGGUGCACCAUGAUAUACCAUUCAGGGGUGUUCCGCAGAAAGCUAGAGCAUGGCGAGAUGAGCAAGGGUUGGGCAUGGGAGUUGUUCUACCUCAUUCUUGGAGUUGGAUACCCGAUGUUGAUCUUGACGGCCGUCAUAGCGACAGCUAAUCACUACUUCCUGGAUGCUUUGGUGGCGACGGGGUACGUGUUGGCUGCCUUCAUGAGCAACAGAGUGUUUUGCGUGUUCGUCCCUCUGGAGGAUUGGUUGUUCUGGACCAUUCGCGCGGAGAGGCCUGUUCCCAGUACGGGUGAGAGGUUCAAAGAAGUAGAUUAUCGCUUGUAA